GUACAGCCUGGGACUCCACACGCGACCCGGAAGGCCUUGCUGCCACACUACAGAGCCGGCGUGAAGCGCUUCGAUGGCGGAGGGAGCGGCGGAGGCCCUGACAGACAGCGGUGGCGACGGCGAUUCGGGAGUCAGCGCGUCGGAACGGGGAGUGGCGCCCAUUAAAGCUCAAUACCGGACCACCAAGGAAGAGUUCCACGGAUAUCUGGAAGCCAAAGGGCAGGAGAAGGAGUCAGGAGACCAUGAGGACGGCAGCGACCUGGCAGAGCCAGAGGCCAAGAAGAUCCGACUGGAGGAUGGGCAGGCGGAGUCCACCGCCGAGUCCCAGAAGAGAGCCCGGGGCCAGAACAAGGCCCGGCCCCACGUGAAGCCCACUCAGUACGACAAAGACCGAUUCUGCCCAGCCCUCAUCCAGGACCCAGCUGCUCACUGCUCUUAUGGUGACCGCUGUCGCUUCCUGCAUGACGUGGCCCGCUACCUGGAGACCAAGCCAGCCGACCUGGGUCCCCGCUGUGUGCUCUUUGAGACCUUUGGCCGCUGCCCCUACGGCGUGACCUGUCGCUUUGCAGGUGCGCACCUGGGGCCUGAGGGCCAGAACCUGGUGCGUGAGGAGGGCGUGGCAUGCACCGUGUACGCCCAGCGCGUGCGCAAUGGCCUGGACAAGGCCCUGCAGCAGCAGCUGCGCAAGCGCAAGGUCAGCUUUGAGCGUGCUGAGCAGGCCUUGCUGCAGCUCAGCCAGGAACCCCCUCCUGCCCCUGCCCCCCCCAUCACCUCGGCCACCAGCGCCCCAGAGAACAACAGCUGUGACACUCAGCCAGACCCUGCGGGGCUGGGGGCUGGCACCCCCCCCAGCAGCCCGGAGCGGACCUGUGGGCCCUUGACGGACGAGGAUAUCAUCCGACUGCGUCCCUGUGAGAAGAAGCAGCUCAACAUCAGCGGCAAGCUGUACCUGGCUCCACUCACCACGUGUGGGAACCUGCCCUUCCGGCGUGUGUGCAAGCGCUUCGGGGCCGACGUGACGUGCGGGGAGAUGGCUGUGUGCACUAACCUGCUGCAGGGCCAGAUGUCCGAGUGGGCCCUGCUCAAGCGCCACGCGUGCGAGGACAUCUUUGGGGUGCAGGUGGAGGGCGCCUUCCCCGACACCAUGACCAAAUGCGCCGAGCUCCUGAGCCGCACCGUGGACGUGGACUUCGUGGACAUCAACGUGGGCUGCCCCAUUGACCUUGUGUACAAGAAGGGUGGCGGGUGCGCGCUCAUGAACCGCUCGGCCAAGUUCCAGCAGAUUGUCCGAGGCAUGAACCAGGUGCUAGACGUGCCGCUCACCGUGAAGAUCCGCACCGGCGUCCAGGAGCGCGUGAGCCUGGCGCACUCGCUGCUGCCCGAGAUGCGGGACUGGGGCGUCUCGCUGGUCACGCUCCAUGGCCGCUCGCGGGAGCAGCGCUACACCAAGCUGGCCGACUGGCAGUACAUCGAGCAGUGCGCCAAGGUGGCCAGCCCCAUGCCCCUGUUUGGAAAUGGUGACAUCUUGUCCUACGAGGAUGCCAACCGCGCCAUGGAGACUGGCGUUGCGGGGAUCAUGAUCGCCCGUGGCGCCCUGCUGAAGCCCUGGCUGUUCACGGAGAUCAAGGAGCAGCGGCACUGGGACAUCUCGUCGUCUGAGCGCCUGGACAUCCUGCGGGACUUCACACACUACGGCCUGGAGCACUGGGGCUCAGACACGCAGGGCGUGGAGAAGACACGCCGCUUCCUGCUCGAGUGGCUGUCCUUCCUGUGCAGGUAUGUGCCCGUGGGCCUGCUGGAGCGGCUCCCCCAAAAGAUCAACGAGCGGCCACCCUACUAUAUGGGCCGUGAUUACCUGGAGACCCUCAUGGCCAGCCAGCAGGCGGCCGACUGGAUCCGCAUCAGCGAGAUGCUGCUGGGCCCCGUGCCGCCCAACUUCGUCUUCUUGCCGAAGCACAAGGCCAACGCCUACAAAUAGCCGCCCGCGCCUCCACGGACCACGCAGGGGACAAUAAAUUCUAUUCUUUUAA